AUGAGUCAGUUGCGCCAGCUUUCACAUACUGGGCCCUCAGUGUGUGUCAAAUUCCAUGGAAAGUACGUACUUGCUGGUUACGGGGUCUUUGUUCAUGUCUAUAAUUACGAAAGCGGCGAACUAGUAAGCAUAUCGAGAGUCUUUCAUAGAAACAAAGUGCAUGGGCUAGCAAUCAGGGAGAAGUCUGUUUUGUUAUAUGGAGGAAGAUCAGUUAGCCUUCUAGACAUUGACUACCUGUGGGGAAAUGCUGAUAAUACUCGCUUUGAAAAGUUAUGCCAUGAAUGGGUGGUUAGCGGCGAGCAUAGCAUGGAUGGCUCUUCCGUUUUCCUACUUACAAGCUACAACAAAGUUUUGUGUUGUGACCUAUCUUUCAGGGUAUUGCAAACGAAGGCUGUUUAUGGUGAGAGGUCAAUCCUUUACUCUGGCACAAUUACAGUACUGAAUCAGGACAAAGUUCUCGUGAACGCAGGGACCGUAAUGGACGGUGUUUUAGUUUGGGAUCUAAAAACAGAGAAGACAAUACAUCACUUUACCGAUCACGAAGGGUCUAUUUUCUACGUUGCUGCAAGCAUUAAGGGUCGGUAUGCAGCAAGCUGUUCCGAUGAUAGGUCGAUCAAGCUCUGGGAUUUACAUUCCGGGCACCUCGUUUCCACUGGCUGGGGCCAUACUGCAAGAAUAUGGAACCUCAAGUUUUAUGACAACGACUCAAAAUUGAUAAGCGUGUCAGAAGACUGUACUUGCAGAGUUUGGGAGAUUUCAGAGAGGGGCACUCUAAUCCAGAAAAGCAUACACGAGCUUCACCAGACCAAAAGCAUUUGGGGAGUCGAUGUCAAUGACGAAAAAAUGAUUGCAGUUACAUCUGGUAAUGACGGCCGUAUAAAAAUAACAGACCUCAAUGCGCGAACAAAAUCCGAUAGCGAUUCUAGGAUAUUUUCACUCGAUGAUAUAUCCAAGCAUGGAGUCAAAUUGCGCCCAAACGAAAUAAUAAAAGGUUUUUAUUGGCUCCGGUUUGGGUUGCUUGCCAUGACUUCGGAAGGUCAAGUCCUCAAAUUUGACCAAAAGGCCGAGAUGUGGACAUCUGUAAUGACAGAUAGCAGAUUCACCAGUUAUUCAGCAACUUCUGGUGUUCAAGAGUUUGAUAUGGUGAUUUUUUCCAAUAGCAGAUGCGAAUUGCUAAUCCUUAAAUUUUCUGAAGAUGGUAACGAAAUUCUCGAGAACAAACAGCUACAAAUUAAUGAGUUAACAAAGUCCACAAAUUGCUUGGUAAGGGGUUAUAAUUCGAAGCUGUUUUUGGUGAUGGAAUCUCCCAACCCUAAAGACCCCUUUUUUUGCCUUCGAAUGGAUGCUUCGAAUCUUCAGCACGAGGAGCGUUUAUAUUUCAAAAAACCAAAGAACUUCACCGCCAGUUCAUUUGCGUUUUAUGAAAACUUUGCAAUCUUUGGGUCUAGAUUCAGUACUCUUGCAAUUUUCGACCUUGAGAACUGUGAAAGAGAGGCAACUGUAUUGAGGAAAAUUCUCCCGGGAGAUACGAUAACGUCAAUUGAUUUCGUAGAAAAAAAUUCUGAAAGUGACUGCUUGUUUUCAGUGUCUGAUAGAGACGGCUUCUACUGCUUCAUCUCAAUCAACUUUUUGAAACGGUCUCACAAGGUGUUGCUACAAAAUAGGAUACCAAAAGGUUUUCUGGAGGGUGCUCAUUACAACGCCCAAGGUGACUUUAUCACGUAUGGUUUCAAAUCGAACUUAUUUUACGUCUUCAACGAAACAAAACAAUACGAAGUUUUUAGCGAGUUGUGCGGAGGGGCACAUCGCCAGUGGCGGUAUCUUCCUAAUUUUGGACUUGAUGAGUUUAUUUUCAUUUACAUCAAAGCAUCCUCUAUUAACUUCCGCAAAAUACACAAAGCUGCGUAUCCAGAAAUUUUGCGGAAUGGCUUGCACGGAAGAGAAAUUCGCGAUUUAUGCGUGAGAACAGAACCUCUCCAUCUUGGCAAGACAGUGUUUUGUUCUGCAUCUGAGGACACUACUAUCAAGCUCAACGUCCUCAACGUGAAAGAUGGCGAAACGAAAACCGUAUGGACGUUUAGAAAGCACACAUCUGGUCUUCAGCGGUGCAAGUUUAUCAACAAUAAGUUUAUGAUAAGUUCUGCCGCAAGGGAAGAGCUGUAUUUAUGGGAAUUGACCGAUACAUUUAUGUCAAACCCCUACAUGACUAUCAUAUGUGCUCUACCGUCUUCAUCAGAAAUCCCUGACCUCCGCAUCAUGGAUUUUGCUUGUAAGGCAAUCGAAGGCACUGAAGAUUUCAUCCUGACAACGGUUUAUUCAGACUCAGCCAUUAAGGUUUGGCUUUACAGUAGCGACGAAAAUACAUUCAAGCUGCUAAUUUCGGACAAGUAUCAAACGUGUUGUCUUUUGAAUGUCGCAUUGGUGACUUUGGAUACCGAGCUAAUUUUGGUGGUAUCACCAACAGAUGGUCACCUAGUGUGCUGGAAUCUAACUAAGUACAUUCCAUAUGUUAUCCAGAACAACAAAUUAGUGAAAGUGCUUGAGGGCUUCCAGCCCCAGAUUCACUUGCCUGAUAUUUCAGAGAGAAUUGCAGUCCAUUCUGCUGGAAUCAAAUCUUUUGAAUUCAAAAUAAUCGCUGAAAACCGUUUUUUCGUAUACACUGGUGGUGACGAUAAUGCCGUAGCGAUUUCUGAGUUUGUAUUGGACAAAAGUCACAAGACUAUUCAGGGAUGUGUACGCUCUUUUAUCAGCGCUGGUGCUGCGUCCACUAUCACGUCAGUUAAACUUAUUCGGCGCGACAUGACGCUAUUGACAGCAUCAGUGGACCAGGUGGUGAGGUAUUACGACGUCUCCGCCGGAGAUUUGGUUUUGAAAAACAAAUUUUAUACAACUAAUGCGGAUACAGGCUGUAUCGAUACCUUGUCUUCCGCGACUGGAUCGAUAGCACUUAUUGGAGGCGUUGGAUUUUCUGUUUGGACACUCGAGUAA